AUGCCUUUUUACGGUCGCCCAAGCAAAAAUUGCCAGAGCUGUCGGGAGAGGCGCAUCAAGUGUGAUCGUCUUGAUCCGGUCUGUUCGCAAUGCAAGCGAGCGGGGAAACCAUGUGGUGGCUAUCGCGACGUCCCGUCCUUAUUGUUCCGUGAUGAGAAUGACAAGACGGCUCGCCGGUCUGCGGCGGCAAAGGCCAAAUCAGAAGCCAGGCGCAAGCUGUUGGAUAGCUCAGACAGCUCAGAUGAAAGCUCGGAGAACCCCACAAACAAAUUGGGCUUAUCGCGAUGGGACUAUGUAGCCCAGCCAGAAAGUCCUCGCAUGGUCAUGGUCCCCACAAUGCCGGCUGUAGUUCCUUCAACUUUGGAGGAACAAGGAUUGAGAUUCUUCUUCAACCGGUUUGUAAGUGCGGUCUCAGGGAUGGCGGGAGAUCUCCCUUCCGAAAUGGAGACUUCGCCUUUCCUAAAGGCCAUUCUUGUGCCUUCGCCCCUGCGUGAUGCAACCAUUUCUGUUGGGCUAGCCGCCAUGUCCAACGUCAGUCAGGACCGAGCCCUGUCACUAGCGGCGCGGGAGAAAUAUGUGGCGGCCAUUAACGUCGUUCGGAAGGCGGUCCAGAACCCUGACCAGGCGAAUGCGAAUCAGACGUUUCAUAUAAUCGUGAUGUUGAGUAUGUACGAGAUGGUCUGUUGUUCACCCAAUGAAAUCGACUCAUGGACAGUCCAUCUAGAUGGGUUGGCGGCGCUAGUCAAACAGGCCGGCUUCAGCGAUGCGCUGAGAAAUACACACCCGCGCCCACAUCUGCAGUAUUACCUCAUUUCAAUCAUCAGAUAUUUUCUCGUCCAGGGGGUCAUACCUUCGGAGCUGCAUGAUUGGUCUCCUGAGCAAAUUCCCGGUCCCCAGCCAGAUCAGAUCCCUACAGUCCGCCUGGUCGAUAUUCUCAUUCGCUUCAUGAAGCUGGACUCGUCCCUUCGGGGCCACCCGGACCCCGAUCCAAGAAUAGCGGCAAGCUCUGCUCUGCUCUGUGAUGCAGAGCUGGAGGCUUGGGAAGGCCAACUUCCACAGAAAUGGAAGUUCUCUUUGAAAAAGUCGAACGACUUCCAACGCACGUUUAAUGGAACGUACAUGAUCUAUAACGAUGUGUGGGCGUCCAGAGACCUCAAUCACUACUUCUGGGCACGAUUGAUGGUGAAUGAGAUGAUUGUUCGUCAUAUAAUAAGGUUAGAAACGCCAACGCUGGAUGAUAUCUGUCAGCGACAAAAAGCGCUGGACACCACUUCACUGAUGGCGACAUACAUUUGUGCUGGCGCAGCGAGUCAAAUGGGAGCUUUUGGGUGUGGGCUCCCAUCUGCGGGGCUCACACAAUUGCCACCACUGAAUGGCGUGUUCAUGUUGAUGUUUCCUUUGGCAGUUGCAGGACGAGCUGCUGGAGCUGGUGACGAUGUCCAUGAGUGGGUACUUGAAACACUCCGGAAGAUCGGGAGAACGAUGGGCAUUCGGCGAGCUUUGGAGAUGAUUCCCACGCUAAAGGAAAUACGUAAUACUGAAGCUGUGCCCGACGCGGUCAGACGCGCCUCCUUCCUGCAUCUUCGCAUCUUCCUAUCUCCUUCACUUCACCAUCUGGACUCGCUCCACUCCAUAUCCAACAUGGCGCUUGAAGAUGAAUGGACAUGCGACGCCAACGAUGCGCUGCAAAUCACGGUCAUGCAGCCGGGUGAUGCGAAGCCGAAAACUCUCUCAGCCUUCCACCCUCAGUUCACUUACCCCAUUUUUGGCGACGAAGAGCAAAUCUUUGGAUACAAGGGUUUGAUUAUCCGUCUACGCUUCGCCGCUCAUGAUCUCCGCCCUCAUGUUCACAUUUCCUACGACGAUCGCUUCAAGGCGGUUGGCGACAUAGCUGCGGCGGAUCUUCUUGGCACAUUGAAGGAGUUCGUUCCAGAGGAGGCCUUGAUCAAUCUCCCCGACUACGAGAAAGCUGUGCAGGAAGACCCCAACGCAAAGGACUUUACACCUCCCGGCAAGCUGGUCUAUAGUUAUGAGUCGAAUGAGAGGAACUAUGAGAUCUGGGCUGGAUCUCUCGCGGAUCCUGAUGUACGGCGCAUUCUUGACCGCGCGCAGAUCCUGGUGUCUCUGUUCAUCGAGGCUGGCACACCGUUGGCGACGGACGAUCCAGAAUGGACUCUCGAACGGUGGACGGUAUACUUUGUUUACGAAAAGGUCACACCUCCAACGCCAACGGCCUCGUCCUACUCCAUUGUCGGAUACGCCACCACCUACAGGUACUGGCUCUACCAGCGAGAUCGCUCAAUCACGCCGACAGUCAAGGAUGACGCCUUCCCUCCCGCCGAAAUCAAACUCUCUGAGCUCCCAUCACGACUCCGCAUCGCACAAUUCCUCAUCCUCCCCUCACAUCACCGCGCGGGCCACGGCACCCACCUCUACACAACCAUCCAUGCCGCAUGCAUCGCAGAUCCCACGAUUAUCGAGCUGACAGUAGAGGAUCCCAACGAGAGCUUCGACGCGCUUCGGGAUACAGCCGAUUUCUGUCUCCUGCACCCCGAAUUCGUCAAGCGCAAAGUGAACCUCAACCCCGACCCUAAUGGGGCCUACUCUCGCAGGCAGCGCCUCCGCUCAGUCCCAACCGCAGAGCUCAUCCCUACCGAUGUUCUACGCGAAAUCCGAACCUCCUUCAAGAUUGAGGCUACCCAAUUCGCCCAUAUUUUGGAGAUGUACCUUCUCAGUCAAAUUCCCCCGAGUCACCGCCUGGCCGGCGGCACCAACCUUGCACGGUUGUUGAUCAAGAAGGGCAAGGCUGAAGAUCCUAAUGAUCGGAGAUACUACUGGUGGCGCAUGCUCACAAAGCAGCGACUGUUCAAGAGGCACAAGGAGCUGCUGCAAGAAUUGGAGCUGUUCGAUCGGGUAGAGAAACUCGAUGAUACCGUUCGGAAUGUCGAGGAGGGAUACGAGAUCACCCUCAAGGCUGUCGAGGGUCGCUUGCCAGGUGCUACCGAUGAAGAAGCUCCCGCUGGUCUGGUUUCUCGUAACAAGCGCAAACUUGCCAUUGAGGACGAUGAGGAUGAGGACGAAAAUGGGAGUGAGGCGACCAAGCGGCCAAAGGUUUAG